UUUCACGCUGACACCAAGCGAACACGCACACAUUGGCAUACAGCAAACACUCACAGGCUGGGCUCACCAUAUUAUCGACAGAUUCGAGUCAGGAGUAGUCGAGGAGAGCACAUUGCAGCGACUAAAAGCUCCUUCUUGUGAGAGAAAACGAGAGGAAAACUCAGGAGAAAAAGAGGAAAUCCCCCGAAAGGAAAUGCCAAUCGCAGCCACUGGACAGCCAACGACUCAGGAGCCUAGAGUUUGCCCCCGGCUGCCCUCCACCCCGGAGCCUGUCCCUAAAGGGGCUGAUUUAUUCGACGAGGCGGGGGCGGCGGAGUCGGCGGAGCGAACAGAGUACGGGGGCGCGGAGGGGGGCAGAGGACUGGGCUAUAGUUACAGCCAGAGCGGCGCGAGGGGCUUUGCACAGCCCGGAUCCACCAACGGCUCUCCGCCGCAGUCGCCAGUCGCGUCCUCCUCUUUUCUCUUCCAUCCACUUCACCCCCACCAAAUGGCCAUGGAGCCCCCAAGGACUCGCUCGCGUUCUCGGUCUGGAUAUUACCAGCAGUACGGUGGUGGGAAUGGCAAUGGAAUUACCGGCAGUGGAGUCAUGGGAUCUAACCACCAUCUCCACCACCACCACCACCAGCAGCAGCAGCAGCAGCACCACCAGCACCACCAGCAGCAGCAACUACAUCCACAGCAACACGGUGCCGGUUGCGCACCACUUGGACCUCACGUCAACGUCCCGGAGAACCAGCCGCGAGCCCCGGGAAGUAACGCCUCCCCCGGCAUUCACAGGCUGUCUUCGGUUCCUGGAGCGCACCGCAUCCCGGCGGAAGGCGCUUCUGGUGGAUCCUACCUCUGCCACCCCGAUCAUGCAUAUGGAGAGGAGAGUGAUAAGAGUGAGGAAAGCCCCAGUCCAAAGCGCCAGAGGCUGUCCAGUCAGUCUGUCUUGGAACAGCUGACCUCAUCAGCCCCCCCACCAUCCACCCUGUCUCCCCCCAUCCGCCCCUGGGAGUCAGGACCCCCAAGUCGAAGACCCCCACACCCCCACACGCACUAUCAGGAGAGAUGCCUCACUCCUGCUCGGCACAGACGCAGCCCGCCAGCAAGGCGCCAGCGUGGCCGUCUCGCCAGACCCACCCGUCACAUGCCUCCCCAUCACCACCCCUCCACCCAAGGCCCUGCACCUCGAAUGUCGCCAUCGGAGCACCAGGAUGAAAACUACCACCACAACCCCCAUCCCUCAACACACCAGACGUACCCAACACACACACCUAGCGUCUAUGGUCCGCCCCUUACAGCUGGAGGUGUCGGGACAGGUUUGGAGGAGCCCCGAGCGUUCCAUCCUCCCACCUUGUCGCCACGACUACUGCACCCAGCUGCCCACCAUCAUCACCUUCACCAUCAUCAUCCGCAGCAGCAUCAUCCGCAACAGCAUCAUGCAACGCAACAGCAGCAAGGAGCCAUGGUCAUGGACUUGCAUGAACAGCUGCAGCAGGGCAGUGUACCAGUAUCCUACACAGUGUCCCCAGUUCCUCCUCACAGUCUGGCAGCACCUAUGUGUAGUGGCCAGCACCUUCCCCCUACCUGUUCCUCACAACAACAAGUCCCCGCCUGCAGUGUGGUCUUCAGCACCGGACAACACUACCACCCGAUGCUACAGGCUUGUUCAAUGCAACAUUUGCCAGUGCCCUAUGCCUUUCCCUCGCUGCUGUCCAGUGACCCUCAGUUCCUGCUUCCCCAUCCACCCCACCUCUCUCACCACCCGGCCCACCUCCCCACACCCGGACAGUUCCUGCCUUUCCAGACGCAACAGCCACGAUCGCCUUUACAGAGGAUCGAAAAUGAGGUUGAUAUUCUGGGAGAGCAGCUUUCAGUAGGUGGAGGCUUCAGCUACGCCCACCAUCACCACCACCACCAUCACCACCAGCCUCCCUCCACCCUGCCACCCUCCACACCACUCCAGUUCCUCUCGCACCAUGAUCCCCUGUCGCAUGAGCUCUUUACAGUGCCCUAUCCCCACUUUAUGCCUCGCCGAUUCACAAGCCGGCGUUACCGCUCUCAGCAGGCUGUACCCCCAUCACCCUACCACCCCAGCUUCCUGCCUUACUUCCUGUCUAUGCUUCCCGUGCCUCCAAAUGUGGCUCCCACUAUAAAUCUAGAGCUGGAUGUGGACGACGGAGAGGUUGAGAACUACGAGGCCCUGCUGAACCUUGCAGAACGUCUUGGGGAGGCCAAGCCUCGUGGUCUAACUAAGGCCGAUAUUGAACAGCUCCCAUCAUACAGAUUCAACUCCAACAACCAUCAAUCUGAACAAACACUGUGUGUGGUAUGUAUGUGUGACUUUGAGUCUCGCCAGCUCCUCAGGGUCUUGCCCUGUAAUCACGAGUUUCACGCCAAGUGUGUAGACAAGUGGCUUAAGGCUAACCGAACUUGUCCUAUCUGUCGAGCCGACGCCUCUGAGGUCCAGCGGGAUUCAGAGUGACCAACUCCCAAAACUCUCAAAUCCCUGACUCUCUUUUGAAUGCACCAACCAAUCUGAACUUUUCUCCUGUUAUCAUACCUUUCUCUCACACGUUCUGCCACAUAACUGGGACCAGUGCUCCUGCUUCCUUCACUCUUUGUCCCCCUGGACACUGAACAGUAAUUCUCACCUGGGAUCAGCAACUUUCUACUAACUCUCGCUCACUUUAUCGCUGAACUUCCUCUGCCUUCUGUUUUGGACUUUUACACCCCUCCUACUCCGCCUUCUGCUCAUGGUUACUCCUUUACUAUGAAUGGCCUUUGAAACGCAUACACACAGUAACAUGUACAGGUGGACAUUUAUAUAUGUGUAUUUUGUUUUUACGAAUGAGCCCUGGACAGAAAAAAAGACUUCUUUUGAAAAAAACAUUGUUAUAGUUGAAUUGGCAGUCCAAAGAUUAUGGUAAUUUAAUUGUUAUUUUUCUGGUUAUAAUUAAGCAUUCACAUCUUGGCUAAUUUCUACUAGACUCCUUAUAAUUGCAUUUGAAGAGUAUAAGUAUAUUUGAUUUCUUGUAUGUGGUCCUGCAUUCCUCGGCGUGAGAGCAGUCUGUGUGGGGCGAAACAAAAAUACUGUGUCAAAGCUAGAACAGCGAAAAAUAGACUAUUUUCUCUAUACGUGGGUUUGUGUGUGUGUGUGUGUGUGGGGGUGUGUGUGUUACUUCUCCUGUGGUAUUUAUACAGUUCAUGUGGUACAGUGCAUUGACUUACUUGAUCCUGUUUCUUUCCACUCUAUUUUAGAAAGAUUAGACACUCUGGAGGUUAACAUUUAUAGCCAAGAUUUGUUCAAAAAUCUGAGUCUAAAAUCAAGGUGUAGGACCAGGAAAAUCUCCAUUGAAGUUUAAAAGUGCUUUCUUAUCAUGUUUCUUUUUUUUCUUCUUUUUUCUAAGCCACACAUCAUUAACACGCUCUACAACUUUGACUCCAUCACUCCAUGUCUGCCCAUUUUUCUUGUCUUAAAUGAGUUAAAGCUAGCGGCUUUUGAAAGCCAUUUUUUUGUGAUACAGUAUGUUCUUACCUAAAGGAAACGAAUCAGGAUUAUUUAUCUUUUUUCUCAACAUAUCCACUAGGCUCUCCCCAAGGCGAAUUAUGUGAAUUCAGUUGGAUUUUACAGAGCUGAUACGGUGAAUGCAGAACAUUCAUUCAAAAUGUCACCAAAACAUUCAUACAUGCUCAGUUUACUAGCUUUCUCAUGGGAAUGAGGCAUCGACAGGGAAGAAGUUUGAAGAGACUUUAAAGGUCACAGUUAAUCUACUGCUUCACCAGACGGUGGAUGUGACACUUCAGCACUUUAAUACAUAGAUAUAAGACCUACGGGCUCUUUUUUUUAUUCUGAACAAACCACUGAUUAGUUUUCCCACAGCCCAUUCGUGUUCAAAUAUUGAAUGCAUUAAAAACAUACGUGUACUCCGCAUUGACUUCCAGUACCUACAGUAUCCCAAUAUGUAAAUUCCUUUAUUCUCCCCCCCCCCCAACAUCAGUUUCUUAAUGAUACUUUAAUCUCUAUCAGGCCACUGUCAGAAUGUGAUAAUGUAACUCAAGAGAUGUUCACCUCACGCACCUACACACACCUACACCUACGCCUUCGAAUGGAAUUCUAGCUAUUGAUCACACGUGGUGUUUUGUUUCAAGAUGGCAGCCUAACAUAGGCCUGGUAGAGAUGCUUAGACACAAGUUUGUUUUGGAAAGUUCAGCCAGGCACCUGCACAGUCUUGCAUCUGAGAAGCAUUUACAAAACUGAAUUUUCUGCAGCUCCAACUUGUCUUGCCACAUCAAACGAAUACGUUGGUUCAAACCGGAGUUUUGUUUCCCAGAAAAAGCAAAAGAACCGUGAAUCAGUGGAGAACCAGGGAGAGCAUAGUUUUAUGAAACUCUCCUUCAGUGUUGUAUCCAUGGGAAUUGAGGGGAAUUAUAUUUUCAGUCAUCUUUUUUUUUCUUUCUUUGGGGUAAAAGGUCAUAUUUGUGUCCAUAUGCGUCCAUUUUGUGUCUUGGGAUUGUUUUAUGUUGGACAGUUCUUUUUGUUGUUGCUCGGUACAAUGGCAAUUACCUCAGUCCCACUAUUUAUGUCUUUUCAGAAAAUGGCGGCAUCAGUAUGAUUAAUGCGUAUCAAUUUAUUUUGCUAAUCUUGUCCAUGCAAGCUGUUGGGUUGUUUGAAUAUUUUUCCUUUUAAACUAUGAAACUAUAAUUAAAAUGGUGUCAUAGUAGUUUCAUUAUGUAUUAUAUCUGUAACCAAAAUCAUUUGAAGGCCUGUUAUGACAAUAAUGACAUUUUUAACAAACAUUUGUACAUUUUGUAUGAGAGUAAUUACUAGUAAUACUUUAUUAAGUAGUGCAAUGAUUUUUUUAAUCCCUUACCCCUUCUUUUGGAUUUCAAAAGCUGGUUCAAUAAUAAAUGUAUAACAUCCUCUUCUAAAA